AUGGCUUCUGGUGCAGACCCUAGCUCUGUUUCGCCAGGAAACAACGAUAGCUCGAACAAAGAUAUUAGUUUAAUCCCUCAGGAAAUUGAUGAUACAGACUACGGAAAGGUCUAUGAAGAGCUCCAGCUGCAUUUUCACGAGGUCUAUUCGCUAUCACAUAAACUCGCUGUGACCGAGAAAGCUCAAAGACAAACACUUUAUAAUUACAGACGUAAGAUUGAUGCGUUGCUAGAUUACAUGGCUGAAUUUGAAGACCGGGAUGAGGAUCCCCUAGAUGGUCCAUUGGCCGUGGACAACAAGAAGAUUGAGGACAUUAUAAGCAGAAGGCCAGAAUUGAAGAACACGUUAUCACCUCUACUUCAGAUAUCCCAGGACGAUUCGCCCGCCGACAUUAAACUUAAAAAGUCAUACAACGUCAACUUGACCGUUGACGAACUGAUACCUGAUAUACCACAAGACGAACUAGACGCUGUGGAAGUCAAUCCUCAAGAGACAGAAAUGUGGGUCCGUCGGAACUACCCACAUCUAGUGGUAUCGAAAUUCAGACCUAUAGAAGUACGUGGUAAGAAUGUGAGGGAGUUCACCGACGCUUCCUCGCUGGCACCUAAAAAGAAGAGAAGAACAAUUUCAAGGGAAUAG